AUGCGCCAAGCCCGUUCAAAAAGACAAGGUGGCUACAUGGAGCGAGGCAUCAGCGCCCUGAUUGUCGACUCGGCCACUCUAUCCAGGCUGGAGGGGGAGCCUCCAAAGACGCCAGAGCUGAGGGUGGAAUCCGACUCUACCGAGACUGACGACGAUUCAUUUGUGACGACGUCUCAUCCCUGGACGGAAACGUGGAAUGGCCAGGAUCUCAACAUCAGGUUCGGCCAUGGUACCAAGGUGCCAUUUGAGAGGCCUUUUGUGGCGACAGGCGAUGAAGACCAUGAACUCAUCGCCGACAAAGAUGAUGAGAAUUUAUUCCGGGACUCGAUCAGCAAAAGUCGCCUUUUCUUGGACCCCAAUCGGUCCAUCUCACAGCGUUCACUUGGUCGCAUUGAAGAAAACACCAAGCCCCCACCACUGGAACCGACCGUAAACAAUGACCUCUUCCACUCUUCUCUCCCGGACCGCGGCAAGAUCAUGACGGCAGCUCAGUUUGAAAGUUACCGAGAGGUCAAGGGACGCCAAGACUCGAGUCAGGCUGAUGAGGAAUCUCAUGGUGAUGGUCGUGAUGAUGACAGCGACAACGAGGAUGAAGCCGCGAUCUCAAAGCGACACCGGAAUGAGAGGAGGAAACAAGAAGCUCACAUCAUCAACUACCGAAAGAACAUGAUCAAGACCACCGGCGACCCGAAUUUACUUCUAACCAGGUCAGCGCUGUCAACACCACCAUCACCGCCUCAAGACGACGACGUUCCUCUUGCCUUGCUUCAGGUCCGCAGACGUCCAAGUGGGAGUAGCCGUCCCCCAACUCGUCUGGACAAUCCCAAGCCCAACCCCAGCUUGCGAAGUACUAUUCAACAGCCCGUGAGGAGACCAAGCACAGCGCGAAGUAUUGCGUCUCAGCAACCUACCAGACGACCCAGUACGGCGCGGAGUGUUGCAUCCCAGCAUGGACCAUCUAGAGGGCCUAGUACAGGGCAGAGCAAGGCAUCUCAGAACCCGAACUCUCCAUUACCAGUCUUUGCACGUGGACUCCCUCACGAUCCCUUUGGCGCCAACAACAGAAACGUCCCUUCUGGAGCCGUGUAUCCUCCGCAAGCUCAGCAGUCUCUCUACCCCGGUGGCUUGGUCAGUGUCAUUGCCAUCGAGCAACGUGAUCGAGCCAUGCGUCGACGAGCUCAAUCUCGUGCUCCAAAGAUGAACCCACAGCAGAAUCAUAUGCACUGGGGAGGAGGAGCUCCAGCUUAUCCAUACGGCCAGGCAUCAUCUAUGUACGGAGCGCCUGGUAUGCAACAGCCCCAAAUGCGAAUGUCUCACGCUCAACCAGCUCCGAGCCUACGAUCCGACAUGCAAUCUCAGAUUAUGCAACAGACGGCGCAAAACUUGAACUCGCAGUUGUGGCUCAUGCAGAUGAUGAACUGUAUGAAUCAGCAGGGAAACCCCAGCUUUGCCCCGAUGCCUCAACAGCCCUGGCAAGGCUACAAUCCGAUGCCGCAAGUCAAUGGCUUCCCUGUACCUCCGCCAGCUCCGGUCGAGUCUUUUUCGACCUUGCCGGGGUAUGCGAAUGCUGGCAUGGGUCCUGCGGGAAUGGAUUAUGCUGCGUUUCAAGCAGCGCAGCAGUUCAGGGUCAACAUGUCAACCCACCGACCUGGAACCAUGUACACGCCUUCGAUCGCGCCAUCAGAACGAAGCAAUGUUGGACUCCCAAGUCGAUAUCGACCUGGCACCGUGUACACUCCCUCUAUAGCUCCGUCGGAACGAAGCACAGUCGGUCUUCCGAGCCGAUAUCGACCAGUAUCGAAAGCUGCCAGUCAGAGAGGAAUCGACACAAACACACCAACCAAGGAGACAAGCAGUAUUAACAGUUACCUGGGCGCAACUGGGGGUGAUACUACGUCUGUUACCCAGAGUGGUAGCAGUGGCUUUGGCUCAGGGCAAUCAGAGCAAGGGACGAGAGUGAAGAAGGAGAAGAAGGACAAGAGAAGAGCUAUGUGGAUGGGUAAGAGGGAGACAAGUGAUACGAGUUGCGCCACGUUGGGAUGUUUCUCCUCACAAUCUCCCUCUCAGUCUCCCGAGGAAAGUCGAUACCAUAAUAGGCAAUGGGGUCGAUGA